AUGGAAGCUGUAGGAUUUGCUGCAUCUCUGUUGACCCUGGCGUCUACCCUCAUCCAAGUCUCCACGGUCAUAAGAGACUUGAGAAGGAAUUACGGCGAAUGUCCCCAGGCACUGAUAAACCUAGCAUCCGCCGUGGACGAGCUCGAACGCCUCAUUACUUACGUGAAAAGCCUCGACGAGACGCGCCUCAAAGAUCAUGGAGACCUUGACAAGAGGCUUUUCGACGACUCCCAGGCUUUGGUGGAUAAAUGCAGGCAGGAUCUAUCUGGAAUUCAACAAAAGUUGGGCCAACUCAGUCGUCCUGCAGAAAAGAGGUUUCGAACAAGACUGAACAAAGCCCUGAAGAGGCUGAAUCAUGACCGUGACAUCGAUAAUUGGUGGCAUCAAGUCUUGCACUAUAACCAACUUUUCUCUGGCCUGUUGACGAGAAUUGCGAUGAACGAAAAUCGCCUCAACUCGAAUAGCCGCAUUGGAUCACUCGAAGAUACAUCCAUGGCACAAUUUGCUCAAGUUUCUUCUCAUCUGGAUGACGUCCAGUCGUCCACAGCACUACUGCCUUCAAUGCACAUGAACCUCCAAUCCCAAAGGACAGUUGCGGAUCGUAUUGCAGGAAAACAGGAGGCGGGAGACCAAAGGAUCCGUGCUAUCCAGCAGGCUCUAUCGCAAUAUGUUGUCGAUUCUGUCCAACAUCGUCAAACGGCUCUGACAGCACUUUCCGAGAUUCACUCGAAGUUUGAUGACCUACGAGGAAAUGUAGCACAAACAUUGCGCAUGUCACGAGAGGACCAGAAUAUAUUGAGUGAUAUCUGUGUAGGUAUCAAAGAGUUGCAACGUAACGUGGAUGACCUUGACUGGAAGUUCUCGAGAUGCGAGAAUGCCGAACAGAAUACGAAAUCGCGACAAGCCUCCUCUUCAAUUCUCCAGAUGAACGAUACCUUUGCAGCCAGCUUCCUUCGCCUCAUUCAACUGACUGAGCAAUCCAUAACUAACAUAUCAUCGAUGACCCUCAAGGCCACCGUCAGAGAUCUAGUGCAGAUCUUGGAUUACAUGAAAAAAUUGACACAAACAGGCACCGGCCUUCCCGGGUUGGCAAUCAGUGGACGGGACUUAGAUGACCUUGAAGUUAUGCGAAGCAUUUUUCAGCUGACACAGAAAUUGGAACUUGGAACGUUCGUUGCGGACCGUUGUUCUUCGACCGAGGACCGCCUCUCCUAUGAGAGCCUGAAAGCUGUAGCACAAGCAGGGGCCGACCUUUCUGGCAAUUUUGAGCAAGAUGGUAAUGUGCCUCUUCUAUCAAUGUCGUUAUUGGUGUCGUUGAGGCAAACCUUCCAGUUGAUGUUCGACCUUAUUGAGCCGCUUAUAACCCCCGACCCAACAAUGGGCUCGCCGUUGGGUCCUCUGGAGUUACUGACAAGUGUCGGUUUUGAAAAGUGCACGACGGAAACGGCCUCCAAAAUCGCGUUUCUGCUCCCAGGAGGAGCUGAUCCGUAUUUCCGCAAUGGAAGGGGAGAAAGUUACCUUCAUCAGAUACUCGUAGCGAGAGCCAGGUACUCUGGAACGAUGUACGAAAGCCUCGUCACCAAAGCGCACGAUGGGCAGUUGAAGGAUGUGCUAAUGCUUCUGGUCACGGCUGGUGCGGAUGUUUUUGCGGUGAACCGUUCAGGGGAGAGCGUUUCAGACGUGGCAAUCAAGUUAGGAUACAGUGCCGAGUGGAAGGAAACUCUGGAGGAGUGCGGCUACGAUGUAUCAAACGUUCUCAACCACAGCGAUGAGCAUGAUGAGGUCCCUCGCCAGCACCAGCAGCGCCAUUUACUCACAUUCGCCGAGUAUCUCCAAGUGAGAAAGUCGAGGCUACUCAACCUCGAGGUUGGAGAGGACGAAACCCCACAGGAAGUCUACAGAAGAUAUUACAGAACGGCUGUACCAAAACAUUUGCGCAUUAAAGAGAUGGACAGCAGCGAUAGCAGUGACAGCGAGGAGGAAGACGAUGAGGACGACUUUGGCGAGCAAACCGACCGCAACUCUGACGCCGAAAGCUUCCACACGACAAUGGAAUCGGCCAACGAAGGCACUUGA